UGGUUGUGACUAGGGAUGGACUCCUAGACCAGAGUAGUCGAUUUUGACCGUGUCGUUCAAUUGACUAACAGUAGAAUGUGAAGCGAAGUUGCUAACUUGCAUCGUAAUAAACAAACUUUUGGGAUCUAUGACACUGUUGCAGAGUCCUCAAGAAAUAUUGCUUAAAAUGGUAGGAUCAUCUGGAACAAUGACAAAAGUCCAAAUGGUGUGGAUAGUUCUCAAGCAGAUAUGCAAAUAGUGCAGCGUGACCAGACUUCUACUAGAUAAAGGUUUGGGAAUAAUGGCCCCCAUGGGUUCCGAGCAGGCCCUGUUGGCCUCGGACCGGUACGCGAGGCUCAUCCUGGCCCAGUUGAACAAAAUGAGACUCCGCGCAGAUUUCUGCGACGUGCGGCUGAGGGUCGGCGGCCGCGUCUUCAAAGUCCACAGGCUGGUGCUGGCUGCCAGCAGCCCGUACUUUUCUGCUCUUUUCUCCGGGGGGAUGAGUGAGGCAGAUAAAGAGGAAGUGGAGAUUCUGGGAGUUGAUACUGAAGUCUUCGAGGUUCUGCUGGACUUUGUUUACACAGGGACAAUCAAUGUGACGGUGGAGAACGUUCAAGAACUGAUGUUGGCGGCGGAUAUGCUGCAGUUGAACGAGGUUCUCGCCAUCUGCAGUGAGUUUCUCAAGGGCCACAUGGAUCCAUCCAAUUGCGUGGGCAUCUUUCAGUUCCUGGAGCAGAUUGCCUGCAUGGAACUGCUGGAGUUUUCCGAGAACUAUAUCCACGUUCACUUCCUCGAGGUGUGCAUCGGCGACGAGUUCAGGGGCCUCUCGAAGGAUCAGAUCGUCAAGCUUCUCAGAAGCGAAGAGCUGAGAAUCGAGGACGAGUACCAGGUGUUCACCGCGGCCAUGGAGUGGGUUCUCCAAGAUGUGGCCAAGAGAAAAAAAUAUGUGGUGGAGGUCUUGGAACCCGUGCGCUUCCCUCUGCUUUCCCCGCAGAGGUUGUUCAAGUACAUCGAGGGUAUGACUGACUUCAGCCUGAGGGUGGCGCUCCAGACCCUUUUGAAGGAGUACAUUGAAGUCGCAAAGUCUCCCAAAGACAAGCUGCACAGUCAACUCCACCAGAUCAAGAUGCGACCGCGAAGAAAAGCCCGGAAAUACGUUUACGCCAUAGGAGGCUACACCCGGUUGCAGGGUGGCCGGUGGAGCGACAGCAGGGCGUUAAGUUGCGUGGAGCGCUUUGACACCUUCAACCAGUUCUGGACCACGGUGUCGUCUCUGCAUCAGGCCCGUAGCGGUCUGGGGGUAGCGGUGCUGGCAGGGAUGAUCUAUGUGGUGGGAGGAGAGAAAGACUCAAUGAUUUUUGACUGCACGGAGAGGUACGACCCGGUGACCAAACAGUGGGCCGCUGCGGCGUCGCUCAAUUCCCCUCGCUGCGGAGUCGGCGUCUGCGCCUGCCACGGCGCGCUAUACGCUCUCGGCGGAUGGAUCGGCUCCGAGAUCGGGAGCACGAUGGAACGUUACGACCCGGAGGAGAACAAGUGGGAGGUCAUCGGCGACAUGGCGGUCCCUCGCUAUUAUUUUGGCUGCUGCGAGCUGCAAGGUUUUAUUUACGUGAUCGGAGGAAUCAGCGACGAAGGCACGGAGCUCUGCUCGGCAGAGGCGUUCGAUCCCAUCGCCCGGCGAUGGACCGCUUUGCCCGUCAUGCGCACGCGUCGAGCGUACGUGGGGGUGGCCUGCCUCAACAACUGCAUCUACGCGGUCGGGGGGCGCAACGAGGCCGUGGGCGCUUUGGAGACGGUGGAAAAAUACUGUCCAGAGCAGGAGAAGUGGUUGGAAGUGGCCCCGAUGUCCACAGCGCGUGCCGGGGCCUCGGUGUCAGCGGUCAACGGGUUGUUGUACGCCGUCGGCGGAAGGGCCGCCAGCAGAACCUUCUCGGCGCCGGUGACGAUCGACUCGGUGGAGGUCUACGACCCCCACCUGGACACGUGGACGGAAGUCGGCAACAUGAUCGCCAGCCGCUGUGACGGCGGCUUGGCUGUACUCUGAUCACUUCCACGUCGUGGAAAAACUGCACCUUAAGAUUAUCCCUGUGCCACAUCUCGAGAUAUUAUUUAUGUAAUUCUUUUCUUGUCUUACUGUUGACGUGAUGGAUGAGUGUUGUUUCUGCCCAACUUGUGUCUCUAUUUCAGUCCCGCCAAUCAUUUUAAGUUGCACAAUUGACCAUAUAUAAAUUGACUCUUUUUCA